GCGAGGAAGCGCCGCCAUUUGUGUCCGCUACAGCCUGCGCGCAGCACACGACUCGCCCAGCGCCUCCAUUUGUGCUAGAGACAGCGCGCUGCAAAUUUCCAGCCGCCGCAUCGCGCCGCGCGGGAGCACACCAGCCCGCGAGUCACUUGGCGCCGCGCGCCCAACUCGCCCGCCCGCGGCGCCGCGCGCCGAACGAGCGCCACCAGACGCCCGCCGCAGCGCCCGCCGCCAGCGCGCGCGAGCCGCAACGCACCAGUGACACACUAACGCCAACAAAACAAAAUGUCCGACUCCGAGGAGUACGACUACGGGUCAGAUGAAGAACAAUAUAAUUAUAGUGAUGAAGAUCAAAAUGAUGAAGGGGAAGAUGAUAAAAUAGCCAUCGAGAACGCCUACUACGAAGGCGACGAUUUGAAGAAUGAAAAUCCGCAACAAGCUUGUCAGCUAUUUGAGAGAGUCGUACAAUUGGAAGGCGAGCGCGGCGACGAGGUGAAGUGGCGCUUCAAGGCGUUAGAGAACCUUGUAGUCUUGAAAUUCAAGCUCGGCGCGUACGACGAGAUGGCGUCGCGCUACGCGGAAAUGUUAACACAUGCACAAACAGUAACGAGGAACGAGUGCGGCGACGGCGUCAACGCUGUUUUAGAUGCUCUUGCCGAUCCGCAAUCACAAUGCUCAGACGAAAUCAUGCGAAAGAUGUUCGCCAUCACGUUUAGUGCUCUGAAAAGCUCUUCCAACGAGCGGCUGUGGUUCAACUGCAACGUGAAAGCGGGCAAGUUGCAUCUGGCGCGCGGUGAUCACAAUGCUGUCAGACAGGUGGUCGAUGAGUUGAAGAAGUCGUGCCAGAAGCCUGAUGGUACAGAUGAUAGUAGCAAAGGUACUUCUCUACUCGAGGCCUAUGCCUUGGAGAUCUCGCUCUGUGCGGCCACCAGAGACGCGCGACGCAUGAAAAGGAUCUACCCUAGAACGCUGAACCUCAAUGCGGCCGUCGCGGAUCCGCGGAUCAUGGGCGUGAUCCGCGAGGAAGGAGGGAGGAUGCACAUGCGCGACGCGAACUUCGCCGAGGCCUACAACGAGUUCUAUGCUGGAUUUAGAGCGUACCAAGAAGCUGGUAAUAGUAGAGCCAAGGACUGCCUGAAGUACGUCGUGCUCGCAAACAUGUUAGCUCUAUCGGACAUCAACCCUUUUGACGCUAGAGAAGCGAAAGCCUACCAGGAGGAGACCGAAGUCGCUGCUAUGAGGAGAUUACGUGUGUCUUAUGAUGCCAAUGAUUUGAGGCAGUUCGAGACCACUCUGACCGAUAAGCGGAACAACAUCCAGUCGGACCCGUUCCUCAUGGAGUACGUCGAUCCUUUGCGGCGGAGGAUGCGGGAGCAAGUACUUUUGAGUUUGGUGAAGCCCUAUCGAAGGGUCAAGUUGGACUUCCUCGCUGGUAAGUUGCAACUGUCUGAGAGUGACGUGGAGCAGAUCGUGGUGGCCAUGAUCCUAGAUGAUCGCAUUGAGGGAGAGGUGGACAUGCUCGAGAAGCACCUGGUGCUGUCCGGGAAAGAGGAGGGCAAGAAGCAUCGGGAGCUGGCGAAGUGGGCGGGCGCGCUCGAGAGCCUCGCGAAGGGCAUGGCGAACCGGGCCCAGUAGGAGCUUGCCCUUGUGUUAACAUGAUAUGACUAUUA